AUGAGCCGCUCAAGAGCGCUGAUAUCAUGGUGCAAAACAUCACUAAGACGUUACUCCAGUGCUGGAUCGAAAAUAACCAUAAAUGGGGUGGAGUAUGAGACACAUCCCGAAUUCACUAACGUAUCCGGAACAAUCCAUAACCUCUGCGAUCGCUCGCUUCAUUUGAAACCCUCCCACCCUAUCGGUAUCAUAAGGAAAUUGAUAGAAGAUAAGUUGAACUCAACGAGCGACGCGUAUUCAAUAUACAGCAACUUCAAACCUGUGGUCACUGUCGAGGAAAAUUUCGACUCUCUAGGAUUCCCCAACGAUCAUCCAGGCAGAUCCAAAAGCGAUACUUAUUACGUUAACGAUAAACAUCUAUUCAGGACACAUACUUCCGCACAUGAAAUGGAGUGUUUCCAAAAUAUCAAAGCCCCUAGAAAUGUGACAGGUUCGGGGACUCGGACCAGCAAACCGGGGUUUUUGAUUUCUGCUGAUGUGUACCGUAGAGAUGAGAUUGACAGAACGCACUACCCUGUUUUCCAUCAAAUGGAAGGUGCGCACAUCUGGACCCGGUCGAAAGAGACGCUAAAGGAAGGCCAGGAACCAACACAUAUACAAAAGUUAAGAGCAGAAUUAGAAGCGAUUGAGAAACAGCUUCAAGGCGAAAGCAUGAAACUGCAAGUGGAGGAUGACACGUCCUUAGAAGGUAAUCCCAAACAGGAUUACAUGUCCGAUCUCGAAGUUGAGCUAUGCUCGCAGCACCUGAAAAGGAGUAUCGAGCUUGUGGUUGCCCAAGUCUUCAAUAAAAAAGUCGAGAGCAUGGGGGGCGCUGCAAAAGACCCUGUACUACCUGUCCGGUGGGUCAAGGCAUACUUUCCGUGGACCGCGCCGUCUUGGGAGAUAGAAGUUUUUUGGCAAGGCGAAUGGCUCGAACUUUGCGGCUCUGGAAUUGUGCGUGAGCAGGUGUUACUUAAUGCUGGGUAUGAACAUAACAGUACAAUAGGCUGGGCUUUUGGGCUAGGGCUCGAUAGAAUUGCUAUGCUGCUUUUCGAAAUCCCGGACAUACGUUUGUUCUGGACUCAUGACGACCGUUUCCAUUCACAAUUCGAAGAAGGAAAAAUUUCGAAGUUCAAACCUUAUUCGAAGUACCCAGGCACUACGCGCGAUGUCGCGUUCUGGUUGCCAGAUGAUCAAACUUGCAAGGUUAUCCAUGAGAACGAUUUGAUGGAAAUUGUGAGAGAAAUGGCCGGCGACUUGGUCGAGAGUGUCAAAAUUAUAGAUGACUUCACACACCCAAAAACUAAAAAGAGAUCGCUGUGCUAUAGAAUAAAUUACCAGUCCAUGGAUAGGAACUUGACCAACGACGAAAUCAAUGCAAUCCAAGAAAGUGUUGGCAAUGAGCUUGUUGACAAGUUCAAAGUUACUUUAAGGUAG